ACCUCCUCUCUGAGGAUGGACCCGCACGGCCGUUCUGGAAGGAGCAGGAAAUCUACAAAACUGCGGUCCAUCUCCCGGUCCCUGAUGCUCUGUAACGCUAAGACCAGUGACGAUGGUUCAAGCCCCGAUGAGAGAUACCCGGAUCCCUUCGAGAUCUCCCUGGGCCAGGGCAAGGAGGGGAUUUUCCACUCAUCUGUGCAGCUGGCAGACACAUCGGAGGCCGGGCCCAGCAGCAUUCCUGAUCUGGCGCUGGCCUCCGAGGCGGUUCAGGUCCAAGCAGCUGGGAGUGACCGAGGCAAGAGCUGCAGGAGGCUACUCUUCAUGAAGGAAGCUUCCACAACGUCUUCCCGAGAAAAGUCUGGAAAAGUAGAAGCACAGAGUAGUACCUUCCUGCUUCCCAAAGCCUGUCACCAAAGGACUCGCAGCAAUUCAACCAGUGUGAAUCCCUACUGCACAGGAGAAAUCGAUUUCCCAAUGAUCAAGAAAUCCAUGGCUUGUGCAGACAGACAGCCCUACUCCCUCUGCAGUAGCCGGAAGUCUCUGUCUCAGCAGCUGGACUGUCCAGCAGGCAGGGCUGCGGGCACCUCGAGACCCACACGGUCGCUCAGCACAGCUCAGCUUGCGCAGCCCACGGGAGGCCUGCAGGCUUCUGUCAUCUCCAACAUCGUGCUGAUGAAGGGCCAGGCCAAGGGCCUGGGCUUCAGCAUCGUUGGGGGAAAGGAUAGCAUUUAUGGCCCCAUUGGAAUUUAUGUCAAAACCAUCUUUCCGGGGGGAGCGGCGGCGGCCGACGGAAGGCUGCAGGAAGGGGAUGAAAUUCUGGAACUCAAUGGCGAAUCGAUGGCCGGGCUCACACAUCAGGAUGCUUUGCAGAAGUUCAAGCAAGCCAAAAAGGGGCUCCUGACCCUCACGGUGAGAACGCGCCUGACAGCCCCCCACUCCCUGAGCAGCCACCUGUCCCCGCCGCUGUGCCGCUCACUGAGCUCCAGCACCUGCGCCACCAAGGACGGCAGCUCCUUCGGCUUGGAAAGCCCGGCCGCCCCUGCCAGCACGGCCAAGGCCAACUACAGGGUCAUGGUGGAGGUCUCUCUGCAGAAAGAGGCCGGCGUUGGUCUGGGGAUCGGCCUGUGCAGCGUGCCCUACUUCCAGUGCAUCUCCGGCAUCUUCGUCCACACGCUCUCUCCGGGAUCAGUGGCACAUUUGGAUGGACGGCUCCGGUGCGGUGACGAGAUCGUGGAAAUCAAUGACUCCCCCGUGCACUGUAUGACACUCAACGAGGUCUACGCGAUCCUGAGUCGCUGCAGUCCCGGGCCGGUCCCCAUCAUCGUCAGCCGACACCCAGACCCGCAGGUUUCCGAACUGCAACUCAAGGAAGCUGUGGCCCAGGCUGUGGAGAACGUCAAGUUUGGAAAGGAGAGGCAUCAGUGGAGUCUGGAAGGUGUCAAGAGGCUGGAUAGUAGCUGGCAUGGGCGGCCGACAUUGGAGAAGGAGAGAGAGAAGAACUCAGCACCCCCACAUCGCAGGGCUCAGAAGGUCAUGAUCCGCUCCAGCAGCGACAGCAGCUAUAUGUCCGGGUCCCCUGGGGGGAGUCCCGUUAGCGGCUGCGAGCAGCAGCCUUCUGACCUGGAAGUCCCCACCCACAGCCCCAGCCUGUCCCAGGGGCAGGAGCUGGGGACGCUUUCUGUGGCUCCUUCCAGGCCACCCCAGGAGAGCCCACCCCUCCCUGGGACGCAGGACAGCCACCCGCCCCUAAAGCUGAAGAAGUCCUUCGAGAUUUUGGUGAGAAAGCCCACGACCUCCAAGCCCAAGCCUCCACCCAGAAAAUACUUCAAAAGUGACAGUGACCCACAGAAGAGUCUGGAAGAGAGAGAGGACACCCUCGGCCCUUCUGGGCACACCGUGCCCCCGUGUGGCCAGGAAGCCAGAGAGCGGCUGCCACCGAUGCCGCAGGAAGACACAGCGGGGAGAGUCCCCUGCCCCCCUGCCUGCUGCCCGGGGCCUGUGGCCGGCCCGCCCACGGCACCCUCCUCGGAGGCAGAGCCCGGGAGGAGAGGAGGCAGCCCAGGGACCCUAGCCUCUGCCGUGAAGCACCCGCUCCUUAAGAGGCAGGCUCGGAUGGACUACAGCCUUGAUAGCACAGUCGAAGACCCCUGGGUUCGAAUUUCCGACUGCAUCAAAAACCUGUUCAGCCCUAUCAUGAGCGAGAACCACGGCCACGUGCCUCUGCCGCCCAGCGUCGGUCUGGGUGAAGAAGUCGGGGUACGGGGCCACCCCGAUGGGGCGCCGCCCAAGCUGGACGCCGCUGGCGGUGCUCCCAAAGCUUACAAGUCGGUGGACGGUGGCACCGUGAAGAGGGGCCCCCCCGUGGCCCCCAAGCCCACCUGGUUUCGCCAAAGUUUGAAAAGUCUGAGGACGCGUGCCCAGGAGCCGAGGCGGCUGCCCGACACAGCCUCCCCCGCCCAGCCAACACCGCCUCCCCGGGAGCGCCCGGGGCCCCCCACUCGGACCUUCUCCUCCUCCAUCAAACAGAGGAUCAGCUCCUUUGAGACCUUUGGCUCCUCUCCGCUGCCCAGCAGAGGAGCCCAGAGACAGAGCCUGCAGGCCUCCUGGGGGGAAGCAGCACAAGCUCCGGGGGAACAAGAGGGAGGACAGGGUCCUGGCCGCUCGGGGCGAGGAGCUCCCCCCGCCGUCGAGCCACAGCCACCAGAGCGAGAGCCGCUGUCGCGGGGCUCCCCCAGCUCCCCCAGGAACAAUGAGCCUGGUGUGUCAGAGUCCCCUCUGUCCGGACGGCAGUCGGGUCAGAAAACCCCCCUCCGUGACCCCGACCCUUUCUCGAGGCUGCUGUCCGCACAGACGGAGGAGCCCCAGGGCCCCAUCAUCAAGAUGCCGGGCCAGCGGGCACGGAGCUUUCCCCUGUCCCGGACCCAGUCCUGGGAGAUGAAACCUCUGGAUGAGAAGACCAGCAAGCUCUACUCCAUCAGCAGCCAAGUGUCGUCGGCGGUCAUGAAGUCCCUGCUGUGCCUUCCGUCUUCCGUCUCCUGGGGCCAGACGUCCUGCAGCCCCAAGGAAGGGGGUUCUCCUGCAUCGUCGGCCGGGGACGCCCCAGCCGUGAACAGUUCUGCAGAAACUCCUGCCUCGGACACGGGCUUCUCCCUCAACCUUUCAGAGCUGAGAGAGUACACAGAGGGCCUCGGUGAGCCCACGGAAGCUGAAAGCUGGGACCACGGCUCCCCUCAGUCUGGCCAGUCGGUCAUCUCCCUGCUGAGCUCCGAGGAGUUAAAGAAGCUCAUUGAGGAAGUGAAGGUUCUGGAUGACGCGACGUUGAAGCAAUUAGACAAUAUCCACGUCACCAUCUUGCACAAGGAGGAAGGGGCCGGCCUCGGGUUCAGCCUGGCAGGAGGAGCAGAUCUAGAAAACAAAGCGAUCACGGUCCACAGAGUGUUCCCCAACGGGCUGGCCUCCCAGGAGGGAACUAUUCAGAAGGGCAACGAGGUUCUGUCCAUCAACGGCAAGUCCCUCAAAGGGGCCACACACAGCGAUGCCCUGGCCAUCCUCCGCCAAGCUCGGGACCCCAGGCAAGCCGUGAUCGUCACCAGGAGGCCGGUUCUGGAGGACACUCCUGACCCGAACUCCUCCUCGGACUCUACGGCGGCAGCCUCUGUGGCCAGCGACGUUUCCGCAGAUUCCACAGAGGCCACGGUGCACACAGUGACGCUGGAGAAGACCUCCGCGGGGCUGGGCUUUAGCCUGGAGGGCGGCAAGGGCUCCCUGCUCGGGGACAAGCCUCUCACCGUGAACCGGAUUUUCAAAGGGGCCGCCUCGGAGCAGAGCGAGACAAUCCAGCCAGGGGACGAGCUCCUACACUUGGCUGGCACGGCCAUGCAGGGCCUCACACGGUUUGAAGCCUGGAACAUCAUCAAGACCUUGCCCGAUGGACCUGUCCCGAUCGUCAUCAGGAGGAAAAGCCAUCAGGCCAAGGGGACCGCAGGGGCGGGAGACCCGUAGGCAAGCACAGAGCUGCUCACAAGCGCUAAUUCUCAGGGUCACUGCUGCUCCCCGCCCGGACUGGGGACAGCAGAGUUGUGCUUCCUGGUGCCGCUGCCCUGGUCCUGACCUUCCAGGAAGUCACCCAGCCGGAGGGCAGUCCCGAAAGGAAGGGCAGAGUCACACCAGGGAGGCCCGUACAGACGAGGCACAGAAAGCGUAAAGAAAAUACUGUGCUAUAAAUAAAACGGCUGUGUCCCGGUUUGUAUGAAA